UCACGCCUAAAAAUUUACCGAGAUUUUAUGUACCAAUCAGUUCUGGUCUAGAUCUCAAAUCAACAUGAAGGUUUUGAUUGUUUUAGGGGUUUUCAUUGCCACGACAGCCGCUGUUUCUCCAUUUUAUGAAAAAUAUGUCAAGUUUUUCAACGAGACUCUACCAAACAGUCCGUAUCUGAUGAAACUAUGGAAGGAACAUCGGGCAAACUACACCAAAGCCGUGGAAACAGCAAAUAAGAACACUAAAACCCGAGCCAUCCACCGUUACCCUGUACCCAACUUCAACUGUCAUACAACCACACCAUGGGGUGGCCGAGAAGCUUCUUCGGUUCAUCAGCUUCACCCAGGAGAUAUUAAAGUUGUUGCCGCCCUUGGCGACUCUCUAACGGCUGGUAAUGGAAUUGACGCAACAUUUAUUCUAGAUGAUCUGAUAGAAUAUAGAGGUCUAUCGUGGAGCAUUGGAGGCGAUGGUUCACUGGAUACCGGAGAGCUCACUUUACCUAACAUAUUGAAGAAAUUUAACGGGGUAUAUGGCUAUUCUCUUGGAACUGGAGGUCGUGGCGGAAGUAAAUCUAAAUUUAACGUUGCUGACCCCGGAGAUACUUCAUAUGAUAUGCCAGAACAAGCUCGUUUGUUAAUCGACAGAAUGAGGAAAGAUACUAGUAUCAACUUUUUAAAAGAUUGGAAGGUCAUCACGCUGUUUGUGGGUGGAAAUGAUCUCUGUGCCUCGUGCCACGAUGUGAAUAAAUGGAGUCCAGUUAACUACGGUAAUAAUAUUAAACAAGCUCUUGAUAUGUUACAUAACGAAGUACCCCGAGCCUUUGUUAAUUUAGUACCAAUAUUCGACAUCGCACCUGUAGCUGCUCUCAGUACAGGUUUCUUGUGUAGUCUUGCCCAUAUUAUGGUGUGCGACUGUGGACAUAAUAAGAAUAAUGCUGGUGUUUUGAAGAGUUUAGCUGAUCAGUAUGUGAUACAACUGGAGGAUCUAGUAGCUACUGGUAUAUACGAUACCCGGGAUGACUUUACAGUUGUUAUUCAACCAUUCUUUAAAAAUACACUACCACCUUCUGCUGGUAGCAAGGGAAAUAUUGAUAUGACCUACUUCUCCGAAGAUUGUUUCCAUUUUAGUGGAAAGGGUCACGGAGCCGCUGCCUUAUCCCUUUGGAACAAUAUGUUGGAAUCGGUUGGUCAGAAACAACAAGAAUGGCAUUUGGACCAAGAAUUCCUCUGCCCUGGAACUCAUGUAUGUCUGGCGGCUGCCCACGAUCACUGGUUCUUCACAACUACCAAAAACUAAAUAAAUUAUUUUUACUGAC